AUGAAGCUUGGCAUUCUCAUUAGUGCUCUCUUGAGCUCAUCCUUCGUUGCAGCCAACCCAAUUUUCCGCCGCGCCAAGAGCGAAACUUCCGCUUCUGUGUCGGUGUCUGCGACGUCAUCUGCGUCUUUGAACUACACACAGACAGCUACCAUCCACGACCCGGCGUCUACUACCGAUGGUGUGUGGAGCGUUACACAAGGACGGUUUGGAGCUGUUUUCAAGCCUAAGGUGAUGAUUAUCAAUAUGUUCACGAAGGAAGAAACUUUGUGGAUUAAGAACCUCGACCUGAUGUUCAACAUUUCGGUGCCAAUGCUGUCACCUGAAUACCCAUACGUGCACUCGAAUGGCAACUUCAGUGUAAUGUCUGUUACUACUGGUGAGGGUGAAAUCAAUGCAGCCACCACUAUUUCCGCGCUUGCGAUGUCUCCGCUCUUCGAUUUUACUGAAACCUACUUCCUAAUUUCCGGUAUUGCAGGUGGCUCUCCAGACAUGGUGACCAUUGGAUCGGUGACCUACGCAAAGUACGCUGUUCAAGUGGGCCUCGCUUACGAGGUCGACUCCCGCGAAAUUCCAAGCGACUGGAAAUACGGAUUUGUCAACUUUAACACUGACGAAAACAACGAAUACCCAUUGACUAUCUACGGCAGCGAAAUUUUCGAGCUAAACGAAAGUUUGAUGCGCAGAGCCAUGCAUGUCGCAUCCAAUGUUACUUUGAACAACGGUACCGCCGGUAACGUUGCCAUUCGUGAGAAAUACAAUAGCACUGCCCCUGCAUUUGAUUCACCAAAACUUGUUGCUUGUGACACUGCUACCUCCGAUGUGUACUGGACGGGUAACUUGAUGGCACAGGCCAUGGGUGAUUUUGUUUCCACCAUCUCCAACGGAACUGCUAAGUACUGUUCCACACAACAAGAAGACAACGCGACAUUGGAGGCAAUGCUACGUGCCGCCAAGCAUGGUAUCUUGGACUUCAACCGUAUCGUUGUGACCAGGUCGAUUUCCGACUUUGACAGCCCACCACCAAGUCUCAAUGCCACCAGCUUCUUCUUCGACACCUACCAAGGCGGGAGCUCCGCUGCGGUGCAGAACCUAUACAUCGCCGGGCUUCCUUUUGUGAAGGACAUUCUCCACAACUGGGAAACUCUAUACCGUGAGAACCAAUUUAUGCCUAAGAACUACAUUGGCGACUACUUUGAAACUCUCGGAGGUGUGAGAAACUUUGGACUUUCCACUGAAUAG